AGACACGCCUCGUACUUGCUAACCAAAACUUUUUAGUUUAUGAGUUUUUUUGUUUGUGUUUUGAGAUUGUUUGGUCGUGAAAUGUUCUAAAAAAGUUACAAUGAGUUGAAAAACAGUAAUCUGGUUGCUGAGUGAGGAAAACGAAUCUUCCCUUCAAAGGACUGCAAAGAUAACUAAUCAACCAAUAAACCUUUCGAUACUUCCUUUUCAAUAAACUGAUCUUGAAUUCUGAUAAGGGAAUUCCCUUUCCGCUGCAGCCAAUAAACUGAUCUUGAAUUCAGUUGUUGGCAUAAACCACUUUUAAAUCCCUAAUUUAGGGUUCUGUUGAAAUCAAUUGGGGAUUUUUUUGGAGUAAACAAGAGGUUUGAGAAAUGGCGAAAGCGGGAGGAAUAACAAAUGCGGUGAAUGUAGGAAUUGCAGUGCAGGCAGAUUGGGAAAAUCGAGAGUUCAUUUCUCAUAUCUCUCUCAACAUCCGACGCCUUUUCGACUUUCUUGUUCAAUUUGAGGCUACAACAAAGAGUAAAUUAGCAGCACUGAAUGAGAAGCUUGACACUCUAGAAAGGCGCCUUGAACUACUUGAGGUCCAAGUGAGUACUGCAUCAGCCAACCCUUCUGUUUUCAAAUGAGGUACUCAAAUCAUGUUCUUAAGUUGGAAGCAGUGCUUGUUGUAAUGCCACUCAGUUGUUAAAAGUUGCUUAACAUAGAAGGAUUUGACUAUAUCGUUGUAUCUUCCAUUUAAGUUCUCAUUUUCUACAUAAAUUACGGCCGGUUUGGUUUUUAGUUCUAAAUGCUGGUAAUUGUAAUGAUUUUUGGUGUAAAUUUCUAGAAAUGUAUCCAUUUGUUCUCAUAGAAAUGAAACUUUAAUCAUAAAAAAGUUUAUUUGUUUAUAAAUUUCCACUACCAUCUUAUAUCUUUUUUAAAUGAUAAUGCAUUAGAAUGCAUUUUGUGAAGAAAAUGACCAUUGAACCAACACAUUUUCCUUUCAAAAUCACACUAAAUUUCUAUAUACCAACCACAGCUGUAAUAGUCAAUAGCUUGGUAAAUUGAAUCCUUAUCCGUUAUCUUUUGAUAAUAUCAAGUAAUAGUAAUUUUUGAGAGGCGUUGCUUGUUUUCUCUUGAAUUAUACCUUCUCAAUCUAAUUUUUCUACAAUCGAACAAAGUUACUUUAUUAAUUUGUUAGGCAUUAAUGACAACAUCCUUGUCGCUUGUAACAAGAUUAUGCCAAGCAGUGAUAUAGAAGGCUUGAUCUUUCCCAUCAUCCUUAUUAAUCUAUUAUGUUUCAUGCUCAUGCAUAAUGUGUUGUAAAGAAGUUGUCUGAUAUUAGAAUUUUAAUAUUAGGAAACUUACAUUAGGCUUGAAUAGAAAAUUUUAGGGAAACUAACAUUUUUAAGAUUCUGAUUAUGUUUGGUUUGCGAUAUGGUACAUCUGAUAGUUGAUGAGAGCAAGGUGACCAACAUAUAAAUUGCUGUUGGCUCCAAAGAUUUAAAGAGCGAUUUUACCAAAUACAAAAUGAAUGAAUUAGAAAUUUAACAAGCAAAUUAAUGUAAUUCUUUGAAGAAAUGACCACAGUUGGCCACCUGUUUUGGUCGGAAAGUGAUCGGU